AACCGCAGGCGGGAGUGGUGAGGCUUGAGGCGACUCGACGCCGAUUGGGCCUGUUCUGAGAUCACGUGAUGGGCGGCUUGACGCUCCGGGAUGCCGUAGCACCGGGGUAAAGGCACGACUGCGCAUGUGCAGAUCUAGGUUUUGGACUAUGAGGAUUAACCAGAAUACUGUAUUACAAGGAAAAAGAGUGACCCUGGUGCCAUACACCUCUGCUCAUGUACCAAGAUACCAUGAGUGGAUGAAGUCUGAAGAGUUACAACGUCUAACUGCGUCUGAACCACUGAGCCUUGAACAGGAAUAUGAGAUGCAGCGCAGUUGGCGGGAAGAUACCGACAAAUGCACAUUUAUAGUACUUGAUACUGAUAAGUGGUCUAGGCAGAAAGCUACAGAGGAGGAGUGCAUGGUUGGAGAUGUAAAUUUGUUCCUCACAGAUCCUGAAAAUCUGAAAGUGGGAGAAAUUGAAAUCAUGAUUGCAGAGCCCAGCAACCGUGGCAGAGGGUUUGGCAAAGAAGCUACUCUAAUCAUGAUGUCUUAUGGAAUGUUACAUCUUGGAAUCACCAUCUUUGAGGCUAAAAUUGGAUUGGAGAAUGAAGCCAGUAUUGGCAUGUUCAAAAAGAUUCAUUUUAAAGAGGUGGGAGUAAAUAAUAUCUUUCAAGAAGUGACACUAAGAAUAAUUGUGGAUGAACAAGAGAGACAGUGGCUGCUUGAACAAACCAGCUAUGUGGAUGAAAAAAAAUACUGUCUCAUGCAAUUGCAGAAUCCGAUUUCUGACAGCUGACAAGACUGAACUUCCUUUAGCUUCCUAUUGAAGGAUGGGGCUGUUUUCAUUCGAACUCAGACUCAUGGGAUCAUUACACAAUUCUUGUGACAGAAUCAAGAAUGAGAUAGUGGACAGGAUUUGAACUGUCCUGUUGCUGUUCAGGUGACUACUCUGAACUACAUCAUCAAAGUUUAAUCAACAGAGAAUGGCAAGCAUAAAUGCAGGACUAUGACAGAGUUGCAUAUCUGUAAUGUUGGACUGAAGCCUGCCCUGCCUUUAAUGCUUGAAGACUCAGAUGAAUUCCAAAAAAUAUUCUGAACAUUCAUCAGAUGAAGUCACAAAAAGUUGGCAUUAAAAUUGAUAACGCUGUAUAUUGAAAACAUACACAAUAAAUUGUUUCAUAAAGCCUUA